UAGAAUCUCUUACAUGCAUUUCAGCUUUUAGGUUUGUAGAAAUUGUCUACAUAUAGAAAGCGAUUGCAUGCUAUAUAUCUGCAUUUGAAUUUAGUAUAUAAUUGCAUUCGCCAAUUUGAUGUGUGUAUAGCAGAAUUUAAUGCCUCACUGUUGGUGGUGCAACGACAUGAACAGCCUUACUUAUCUAACAAUGCAUGUGAUUAUGCUUCCUUGUCGAAUUUUCUUGCUAUUAACAAAUACCCAGUUGCAUAUUUGCAAUAAAUAAUUAAUUUAUACUUACCAUAUAAUGCAAUGAAGAAUCUGUAUACCCCAGAAACUCUGUAAUGAUGAACAGUUGACUUCAAUUAAUAUUUAUACUAAUGGUGGCAAAGAGAGAAAUGCUUAAUCCACGGUCAGUAUUAGCCAACAUUAACUAUUAUUUCUUACACGUCAGUGUCUCGAGCUUUGCAGUCUAGCAAGUGCUUAGAAUAUUUUAGUAUUUAUGGGUUCACAAAAUUAGCUCACAUCAACAGCAGAUCCAAAGCCUCUGCUUUUGAAGUUUGCGCAAACUCCAUCUCCAAGACCAAGAGAAACAAACACUUUCACCAAUGUCUAAGCCAAGGUUGGAGGGUAAGGUUGCGCUGAUCACUGGUGCAGCUAGCGGGAUUGGUGAGGAGGCUGUGAGAUUAUUUGCAGAGAAUGGAGCCUUUGUUGUGGCCGCCGAUGUCCAGGAUGAUUUAGGGCACCUUGUGGUGGCUUCAAUAGGCUCGCAUAGAGCUACUUAUCGACACUGCGAUGUGAGAGAUGAGCAGGAAGUAGAGGAAACAGUGAAUUUCACCUUGGAGAAAUAUGGAAAACUUGAUAUUCUUUUCAGUAAUGCUGGAAUCAUGGGUCCAUUAACAAGCAUCUUGGAGCUUGACAUUCAAGGGUUCGACAACACCAUGGCCACCAAUGUACGUGGCGUGGCUGCCACAAUCAAACACGCCGCCCGUGCAAUGGUGGCUAAAAACAUUCGCGGUUCUAUCAUAUGCACGACCAGUGUUGCAUCUCUUCUGGCUGGGACCGGACCACAUGCAUACACAGUUUCGAAGCAUGCACUUGUGGGUCUGGUGAGAACAGCUUGUAGUGAGUUAGGGGUUCAUGGGAUACGAGUGAAUUGCAUCUCUCCCUUCGGAGUUGCAACUCCACUUUCUUGCAAGGCUUACAAUUUGGAACCCAGUGAAGUUGAAGCAAAUAGCUGUGCCUUGGCGAAUUUGAAGGGAAUAGUGUUGAAGGCUAAACAUGUAGCAGAGGCAGCUCUAUUUCUGGCAUCGGAUGAAUCGGCAUAUAUCAGCGGCCAUAACUUGGCUGUUGAUGGAGGAUUCACGGUGGUUAACCAAAGCUUUUCAGCCAUCUAAACGAGCGUGAAUUUAUUGUAUUUUAUUAUUAAUGACUUCUAUUAUUUUGGAUUCUCUUUGUAAAAUUGAAUGAUAUGAGGUCGUGUGUGCAUCAAGUAUAAAAGCUGUUACGACUUGAGAGAUGGAGGCUUACUCUUCAAAAUCCCAUGUGCAUUUCCCUUGUAAUACGCAGAAAUUAUGCUAUUCUUUUUCA